GAUAACUACAAAUAUGGCGGAUUUUAGGUUUAACAAACAUUUUUGUGGAACAGAAGAAUGUAGUCGCACCACCGACAAAAUCAGACAGAAACUAAAGUCCAGCGAGAUGGUGUACAACAUGUGCGUCUCCUACCAGUGCUUGUUCAAAAGCGCCAAAACGAACAUGGGUACGAAAAGGUUCAAGAACGAGUGUCUGCAGGUUAUCUGUGCCCUGAGGAACAGCAAUGGCGGCUCUCUGGUGAUACACACUUACGGCAAACCUGAUAUGGCCUGGUCUCUGGACGGAUUCGACCAGCUCGUCAACGAAGACUGUAGCAUGGUGAUCGAGGAUGACACGCUGUACACGGACAACUACGAACGGAAAUGGUUUGAGGAGCUGCAUGAUGACUCAGUGGCUCGUCUCCCCUACCUGGUCAUCAUUGUUGAACCUUCCUCUUCCAUCUCCACCUACGACUUCAAAACAAAGGUUGCACUAGACGGAGCCAAGGUUCGACCCACGGCCAGGCAGAUUGCAACGUAUCUGUGCGGUGUGGCGGGAAAGAAGAGAAAGACGCAAGCAGAGUCAGAACCGAAAUUUGAAGAAGGAAAAAUUACCAAUAUCUACGAGUCAAGAAACGUCCAGCUUAAACGACUGUCUAAUGAAGACAUUGAGGAAAAAAUGCGAAAACGAGGCUCGGGCCCCACACCGUCAGCUUCACGGGAUGUACCAAUGGCCAUGGACAUAGUAGCCGAAUGCUUUGUUGCUAGAAGUCUACCUGAGUAUCUUACAACAUUCUCCAAACUUCCAGGAGGUGGGUCCUUCUACUGUGGAAUUAACGAACGGAAAGAUACAUCCGAAGAACCCAAAAUCAAGAGAAAGAAGACACAAUCGUCGCCUGAAACACAGCAUAUCGAGGGAACUAAGACUGGAGAAAAUAUUAUCGCAGGUAUUGAACUUACCGAACAACAAAAACAAGACUUAGAAAAGAAGCUACAGAGAAUUAUUACUAAAAAGACCGGCUGGUAUAAGAAAGUGAAUGAUGGAAAAUACGAGCAACUUGACGACGACAGCAUCCUGGGAUAUAUUGACAUUAAAUUCCACCCUACAGAGAACGGUCACGGUCAAGGUACUGAUAUGGGUCAAGGUAAACGUAAAUACGUCAUACAGGUGUCGGUGAACAGCAUGUUCAAUGGAAUGGUGUUCUAUACCGACGACUCGUAUCCUGCUCAACUGAAUCGUCCCAUCCCGCUCUCGUUUAGGUUUUCUGAUGAGAAGAAAGAAGAAAUCGUAGACACAAUCGAAUGGUUCAAUCUGAUUGAAAAGGCAGCAACUCCACUGGAACGUUAAUGCAACGAGUUGAGUGGUAUAAAUUAAAUAAAUUAUUGGUAAUAAAUAGCAUAUUGCAUUCGC